UCUACAUAAAUAUUUCAAGUGCGGAAGAAGAUUCAUAUCAAAGUCCAACAUCCCGCAAAUCUUCGCAGGUAUUAUAAUUAACUAUAUCAGCUGCACACAAUUCCAGACUCCAUCCGAGCAACAUCAGCAUGGCACAGGAUAGAUAUUAUCUACUUAAAUAUCCCGUGGAUGCACCCAGAGUCAGUGCGACGACACUAAAAAUACAAAACACUCGCGAUGUCCACACGGAUUACUUUCCUCUCUGGCAAAGCGAUGAGCAAUGUCACACGGAGUCAACCUUGCCUUAGAUCAUAGCUAGCAUUGCUUUUUCUCUUUUUUUGUCUUUUUCUACUCUUCAGAUCUAUUUCCCCGCAUGCGCUGAGUUCCGACUUGAGUUCUAACUCGCGGGAUGGGAUGGCAACCCAGAAUGCUCCAGUCCAGUCCAGUCGGGUGUUGCUCUUAUUUAUUCCUCUUGAAUCAUGCAUUUUGCAUUUUACAGUGCAGACUGCGGGAGGGGAUACCUUCACACUAUGCAUUCCUGCCAUUGCAUACCUUACUACUAUAUACCACACCUAUAUACAUCCCAGUUAUUGCAGGACGCCGGUCGUUUCUUCCCAGAGCCUACAGCAGGCUAUAGCUCUUAAUAUAAAGUCGGGAAGGAGCCUGUUAGAAUGCUACUAUUGUGUUUAUACGCACCGAGAGACACAUAUCUCGUCUCAGGCAAUCUCCUCUCUUCCUGGUUGAAAUCCUCCAGAUCAUCCAUCCAAGCUUGACAGGUAAAUUCCUGAAUUUCAGAAUUCCUAGACUCCUAGGCAUCAUUGAAAAAGACUGUCUCGUAUACAGGCUAUGUGCGACAAAUUCAAGGUUAUCGUCUCCUUGUCUUCUUGAAGUACUUUUUCACUUAUAUACCUUGACAAUUCCCCUUACCAGCUUCUUUCCAAAAGGACACCACCUCCACAUAUACAUAUGCACUUCCGCCCUGCAAGUGUCGACAAUAUAUACGUAUAUCCAUCCACCAUGCUAAACCUCCUCCUAAUCCCCCUUCUCUGCAUGCCCCUUUCCCUCGUCCUCGCCCUCGCCCUCGCCCGCCCCAACACUCACCAACUCUCCCCGCGCACCAAAACCGGCAACCCCAUCAUAGAAGGCUGGUACGCCGACCCAGAACUACGCAUCUACGAGGGCGCCUACUACCUCUACCCGACCUACUCCGCGGCCUUCGAUAGCCAAACCUUCUUCGACGCCUUCGUCUCCCACGACCUGCUCACCUGGGAACCCACCGGCCGCCUCCUCGACUUUGCUGACGUGCCUUGGACCACCAACCGUGCCGCCUGGGCCCCCACAGUCGGCCACAAGGAUGGCUCUUACUAUCUCUACUACUCUGCCGGCGAAGGGGUCGGCAUCGGGGUUGCCGUUUCUCACUCGCCGGCGGGGCCCUUUACGGAUGUACUGGGCGGGCCGUUGAUUGGGGAGUAUGUAUUUGGCGCCCAGCCUAUUGACGCGAUGGUGUUUAUGGAUUCGGAUGGGAAUGAGGGCGGGAAAGGUGAGGGGAGGAAUUAUUUGUACUGGGGCGGCUGGGGACAUGCGGUUGUGGGGGAGCUGGCGGAUGAUAUGGUGUCGUUUAAGGGGGAUUUUGUAGAAGUGACGCCUGAUAAGGAGUAUGUGGAGGGUCCGUGGAUGCUGAAGAGGAAGGGCGUUUAUUACUUUCUUUAUAGUGUCGGCGGAUGGGGAGACCCUUCCUAUGCCGUUAAAUACGUCAAAGCCGACAACCCAAUGGGCCCAUUCGACGGACCCUCCAAGUUGAUACUCAGCAGCGAUCCAGCCAUUGGCACCAGCACGGGCCAUAAUAGCAUCUUCCAUGUCGACGACGAGUAUUUUAUUGUCUACCAUCGCCGGUCUCCGACUGAUACUGAGCGCGACCAUCGAGUUGUGUGCAUUGAUAAAUUGGAAUUUAAUGACGACGGGGAGAUCGAGGUUGUCAAAAUUACGAACGAGGGGGUCGACGGGAUUAGGUUGGAACGUAACUAGUAGUUAUGAGCCGGGUUUCACCUGAGUGGUUGAGUCGCAAAGUGUGGAAAUAUAGGUUUAGAUAUAUGUAUAGCAGACAUGCGCAUGGCAACGAUUCUUUGGGAGGGAAGGAGAACAUGACCAUCUUAGAAAGGAAGUAUAUUAUUAGGUAUGUGGUCUUAGUUUAGGCAGAAUUAUCCCGUCCAUUUAUGUAACGCCGACAUAAUAUCAUCCAUAUAUAUCUAUAUAUCCCAUCCCAUUCCAUCCAUAAACACCCAGUAAUCCAGAAA